UUUCUCUCGACCAUCAUCCAUCACCACCAACGCAGACGAAGCAAGCAGCCGAGCACAGCACGACCGUAGACCGCGUUCGAUUAUCGAUCAACCACACGACUACUAAGAAUACAACGAGAACGAAUGUCGCGAACAAGACCAGUGACGCACAAGCGCAGACCAGCAACGCACAAGCGCAGACAAGAGCAGACACCCCAGCAUCCGCCAACCAUGAGGGCAUCCAUGAAGCUUGCGCUCCUUGUGGGCGCCGUGGCAAUCCUGUUGACGGUUGCUUCAACAGCCAACACCACCUCCCUCUUUGGGCACAAGGGGGAAGAGCCAAAGCCUGCUGCAUCGGACGACGAGGGCUCCUUUGUCGACUCUGUCAAGACAACCAUGGCCCACACUGCAGAGAGCAUCUCGGAUAUGGCUGACCGGGUGCAGCACACCAUCACAGACCCGUUCCGCGGCACCACGCCCGACCGCAUUGUGCAAGACGCCGAGCAGAACAUCAACAGCUUCGAGAAGGCCAUCACCGAGACGGUUGAUGAUCUCCUGGAGCGCGCAGACGCCCUCAGAACCAAGUAUUCCAACGCAGACACCUCCGAAUGGACACCAGAGCUCAAGAAGCAAGCCAAGACGCUUGAGCGGCGCCUGCGCUGGCGCGCAAACUCGCUGCAGAACCUCAAGAAAUCGUUCAAGUGGAGCACCGAUUACGUGCAGGACUUCCUUGAUGACGUGCGCGAGGCAACGCAGUCGCGCGUGCAGCAGGCGGCGCACUGGACGGAGGAGAAGGCCGAGGCCGGCCGCGACUUUGCACGCGAGCAGGCGCACGAGUUUGCAGAGAAGUUCCCUGCGCUGAUUGAGACGGGCCGGGCGGAGAUGCGGCGGCGGCUCUCCCGCGACAACAUCGAGGCCACGUGGGAGGAGGCCGAGCACGCCAUGGAGACGGCGGCGGAGUCCGUCUGGGACUCGGAGGCCAGCGUCGCCGUGCGCAACCGCGUCAACGACCUGCUGAAGAACGGCAGCGAGUUUGCACGCGGCGUGUACGAGGACACGCGUCGGAUGAUGCAAUCUGCAAAGGAGGCCGGCGAGGAGCAGCGCAAGGCCCUCACAGACACCACGUCCCAGCUCUCAAACUUCCUCGAGACACAAGCGAAGCACACGCGCUCGACGGUGAUUGAGCCCAUGUUCUCGCUGACAAAGCCGCAGUCUGCCUCGGACGAGGUGUGCGAGGCCGUGCAGGAGGAAUACUCGCGGGCAGAGGGCGCCGUGCAGGAUCUCCUGGCCAAGUUUGAUGUGGACACGCAGGCGCAGUGCGGCCUGACGCCGCCAAGCACGCUUGAGCGGGCAGCGGAGAAGGCUAAGGACUUCAAGGACACGGUCGUGAACAAGGCCAAGCACGCCACCGACGAGGCCAAGCUCAAACUGCGCAAGCUCAAGGACCGCGCACACCCAACAAACUGAUCCAUGUGUCUGCUCUGUGUGUGUGUGUGUGCUGUAUGAGACGAUGGAUGUUGUGGACGUAGCUGUGCUGUGCGCGCGUAUGAGAUGGUAGUAGGCAUUGUGCAUGGCGGUCAUGUGGUGCUCGUCUGGUGCGUCUUCUUCUUCUUCUCUGUCGACUGUUGGCAAUGCCUCCCAUAAAUUUUCCCAACACGCCA